UAUUGCAUUAUAGCCGGUAGCAUUGCUAACAUUGCGUGCUGAAAAUCGUUGUUUCUAACCGCCUGACAAACAUUUCAAACGUGUGUCAGGUAACCGUGUGAAAUCAACAGAAAAGCCAGAAUUUUACCUGCCACGGAGAGCAAAAAGUGGCCGAUUAAAACCGCGCUUAAUUCUGCGCUAACAGAGUCGUUUUAAGAGUUGACACACUUCCAAAGUUGUUCAGAAAUCACAAAUUCUGGUCAAUAUUUACAAAAGCGGGUUAGUCAUUAACUGUCCUCGGUUGCAGCAGCAGCAGCUGCACACAGUCCCACCUCGCACACAGUCAGCGAGCCGCUCGGUCACUCUGCCCGCUUUACAAUGCUGUGCGUACGGGUAUGGAGAAGCCUGAGUCCCGUGUGCAGAGGAGUUCACCUGUCGGCAUGGAAACGAACCCAGAGCCACACAGCAGCAGCUGCCAGGCUGGACCUCAGCGGUAUUUAUCCGCCCAUUGCCACUCCGUUUACCGCCAAGGAGGACGUGGACUACCAGAAACUGGAGGGCAACCUGCAGAAAUAUGCCAAGAUACCAUUUAAAGGUCUGGUAGUUCAGGGUUCCAAUGGAGAGUACCCGUACCUGACGGAGGAGGAGCGGGUGGAGGUGGUGAAGACGGUCAGGAGAUCAUUGCCAAAUGACAAACUGCUGAUGGCCGGAUCAGGCUGUGAAUCCACGAGAGCCACAGUGCAGCUCACGGAGAAGAUGGCGGCAGCCGGAGCCGACGUCGUCCUCGUGGUAACGCCCUGCUUCUAUAAGGGCAAGAUGGACGGCCGCGCUCUGAUCCAGCACUUCACAAAGGUGGCGGACAGCAGCCCGGUGCCGGUGGUUCUGUACAGCGUACCGGCCAACACGGGGCUGGAGCUGCCGCUGGACGCUGUGGUGAAGCUGUCUCAGCACCCAAACAUCCUGGGCCUUAAGGACAGCGGAGGAGAUAUCUCACGGAUCGGCCUGAUUGUUCACAAAACCAAAAGGCAGGAUUUCCAGGUGUUGGCGGGCUCAGCAGGGUUCCUCAUGGCCGCCUAUUGUGUUGGUGCGGUUGGCGGAGUGUGUGCGCUGGCUAACGUUCUGGGCCAGGAGCUGUGUGAGUUGGAGCGUCUGUGCGUGUCCGGUCGCUGGGACGAAGCCAGAGUCCUGCAGCAGCGCCUCAUCGAGCCCAACGCCGCCGUGACCAGGAAGUUGGGAGUCCCCGCCCUCAAGCAGGCGAUGGAGUGGUUUGGUUUCCACGGCGGCGCCUGUCGAUCACCUCUUCAGCCGCUCACAGAGGCCGAGGCUCAGCAGCUGAGGCGGGACUUCUCCUCCGACGGCUGGCUGUGAGGUCACACGGGUGACGGGCAGAGUGUGUGUGUGUGUGUGUGUGUGUGUGUGUGUGUGUGUGUGUGUGUGUGUGUGUGUGUGUGCGUGCGCGCGCGCGCACUUUACCUGGAAACCUUUUAGCAGGUCAGCCCUUACGGGCCUGCUACAUUGCAUGCGUAACGUAUGCGGAGCGGAUGUUCCAAAAAUACGCUUCCACUAUAAUCGAUGAAACUGUCAGAGGUGCGUCUGCUCCACAGAGAUCCGCUCUACAAGGGUAAAAAUAGGACAGUCUUCCAUUUGUAUAUUUUACGCGAGGUGUGUGCGGCCCUCUUAAACAGAAAUGGAUCAUAAAGUGUGUAUAUGUCUUUGAAAUUAAACUACCAAUGUACAGGAAACGACUUGAUGACUGUCAAUGAGCAUAUUGGCCAUUUUAUUUUGAGAGUUUCUGUUUUUAUUUCUUGUUUCCCUCACCUGCGUCCUCUGAUAACAGCUGACAGUAGAUUGACGUAUCACAGCGCUGUGCCGGCUCCAAAAACUGAAGAAACGACAACAAUCCCAAAGCAAAAGCUCUCCCUCUCACCUGUGAGGUACGCCGUGUGUGCGCUGCAGGUGUAGCCAGUUAAAACAUACAUUCAUCUUCUCCGCGAACGGUCCGCUUACGGUACGCGUUCAAAUUUAGCGUUAGACCUGUCAGUGUAAUUUGGCAAGGAGGGGGAACACCUGGGAUUGGGCAUGGAGGUUCCAUUUUGGAAUUGUUUCAAAAAAACAUUUUUUUUAUUGAAAUCGUUUGGAAAAUUUGGUUUCGAAUCCUAUCAUCGGUUCCAAAUUUAACACGCGCAAGUUUGGGUUUCCGUAGCGGCGACCGUACUUCCAAGGCGCUUGUUGUGUUGCGGCCACGGAGCACAGUAAGCGGCGCGCUAGUGUGGCUUUAUUUUACGUUGAAAAAGCCUGUAAAUCACCAUUGAGUCAAAAUAAAAUAAAAUGUUCCUCUUAUCUGACAAAUAAGCAUGUGACUCGUUUCAACUUCACCCAUCAAAGAAUCGGAAUCGAGAAUCGAUAAGAACCCGAAUCGAAAGGAAGAAUCUGAAUUGUAAAAAUCAAAACGAUGCCCAACCCUAGGAACGCGGCACGAAAAUAAAUCCGUUGCUGCCCCCCAUAAAAAUACCAAAAAAUCAACUUAAUUCGGUUCAUAUACAGUAUGUCAUAUACUGGAGGUUUGUUCCUAAAAUCUCUUACGGCUUACGUUUUCUGUCAUGAAUAAAACCUGAAUCAAAUCAAAGAUUUUACAAAUGAAAACUUCAAAGUUCUUUUUUAAUAGGCUCCGCUCAUGUUGCAUUUUAAAUGACAUUUUCUAUUCAUACUUCUUUUUUAUUUGACCCUAAAAUCACUGUCAUACGAUCAAGUUGCUUCUCUGCUGCACCUCCCAGUAGUGCAGAUAGAAAAAUUCAGUAAAUUGAAAAGUUAGAAACAUGUUGUAUGUGCACUUGUUUUGACAAUAAAAUUGCAUUUCACUUCAAUAACA